AUGCAGGUGGAGAAGCAGACCGCGGCCCUGCGUGACGCCAUCAGCCGGCCGCUGAUGCGGGCGGCGGACCUGCUCAAGAAGGACAUCCACGACCACGACGACGAGCUCGACGAGGAGGGGGCCCGUGCCCCCAUGAUCUACCUGGGCGCCGAGGGCGCCCCCCACCACAGCAGCAGCGCCUCGGCCUCGCGCCGCGCCUCGCGCGCGGCGCCGCCGUCGCGGCGCGCCAGCCUCCCCCACGGGGACGACCGGCCGCCGCCGACGGGGAGCGGCGGGGGUUAUGAAAAGCUCUGA